AUGAUGCAGCUGAUCGUCGUUUUGUUCUUCGCCUUCCUGGGAUGUGCCCUCGCCGGGGGCCCGAACGUUGGGAAGCGCACUUAUGGCGGUUACCAAGUCUUUCGACUGAAGCCAGGAAACCAGAAAGGAUUAGAUCUUCUUGUGGAUUGGUUCAAGAAUGAAAGAGAUGGGAUAGAUUUUUGGAGACCACCAAAAAGUCUUGAGGAUUCAGUUGAUAUUCAGGUUGAGCCGGAUUUCCUUGAUACGGUCAAGAAGGAACUUGCUUCUGCCAAUAUCAAGGUGAAACUGCUGUUCGGCGAUCUCGGAAAAACAAUCGAAAAAGAGCGCCAAGAGAAUUCUAAGCAAUGGAAGUCAGGUCUCAGCACGUUUAAAUAUCAGGCAUAUCAUCGUCUCACCGAGAUUCAAACAUGGUUGGACGACAUCGCGGCAACGUGCCCUUCCAAUCUGAACUGCGACGUCACAAGCAUCGGCAAGACGUAUGAACAGAGAGAAAUGAAGAUGAUCAGAAUCGGUGAAGUUGGACUCUCGAAUAAACCAGCAAUCUGGAUCGACUGCGGUAUUCACGCCAGGGAAUGGAUUUCUCCAGCUACGUGCGUUUAUACCAUCUAUAGGUUUAUCACGGACUUCACUCGCGGGUACUCCCGCGUGACGUCACUUCUCCGCAAGUUCGACUUUUAUAUCAUGCCAAAUGCUAACCCGGAUGGUUAUGAAUAUUCAUGGAAUAUGAACCGGAUGUGGCGUAAAACGGUAACCCCACAAUACGACUUGGGCUCACCAUGCAUUGGAGUUGACCCGAAUAGGAACUGGGAUUAUCAGUGGAUGGCGGCAGGAGCGAGCAGCAACCCGUGCUCGGAUGGCUACGGCGGCAGGUCCGCCUUCUCAGAAGUCGAGACCCAGGCGAUGUCUAACUUCGUAUACGCAAACCGCGCGACUAUCAAAGCAUUCAUCUCCCUGCACUCGUAUGGACAGAUGUUCCUGACGCCGUGGGGUGUAGGGUCUGCAUUGCCAGCAGAUUAUACGGAACUGUAUCGUGUCGCUAGUGCUGCAGCUACCGAACUGAAAGCGAUGUACGGCACAACCUAUCGCAUUGGCUCCAUCACUACCCUGCUAUAUGAUGCAGCGGGCGGCUCAAUCGACUGGACAAAGGCAGUAGCUGGUAUCAAGUACUCCAUGGCCUACGAGCUGAGAGACACGGGCACUUACGGCUUCAUGCUACCCGCGAGUCAGAUACUUUCCACAGCUAAGGAGACGUACGCUUCCCUGCAACGGUUGGCAGAAGAGAUCCAAGUUUAGUUUCA